AAUGCCAUUUUUUUGUGGUCCCCCUUAUUUAGAAAAGUACCGGUACGAAAGUAAUGGUAUCGGGACAACACUAGUAACCAGUCCAACAUAGUACUACAAUAGGCCCCACAAAAAGUUUUAAAGGAUUCGAAAUGUUGUGUAUUUGGAAAAAAUAAAGUACAAAUCCGAUAAAACUCCCAUUAAACACAGUCACGCAGGACUAAAUGUUUGGCCACACAAAGGGCCUCUUUCUCCAUGGCAUGAAACAAUAAAGAGUGGCAGGCAGCGCACAUGAUGGGUGGAGGCGUGACGCAAACACGCGGCUCAUAUGAGCGCCUUCAGGCCUGCACACGCAUCACCAUGCCACAUGCUCCCGACACCGACCCAUUUUCAUCCGGUUCAAGCCUCCUUGUAUGUCCUUCUUCCACGUCAACGUUGAAGCCAUGCGGAUAUGAAAAUGAAAGGUGUGCAGGUGUGAUGCGGAUGUAAAAAAUCUGCAGCCGCACUUCAGCCAUGACCUCCAAGUUGCCCCUGUUCAAGGUCGUUCUCUUAGGCGACGGCGGCGUGGGAAAAUCGUCCCUCAUGAACCGCUUCGUCGCCGACAAGUUCGACUCCCACCUCUUCCACACCAUCGGCGUGGAGUUCCUCAACAAGGAGCUGGACGUGGACGGCCAGAGUGUCAGGCUGCAGAUCUGGGACACGGCGGGACAGGAGCGCUUCCGCAGCCUGCGCACGCCGUUCUACCGCGGCUCCGACUGCUGCCUGCUCACCUUCAGCGUGGACGACGCGCAGAGUUUCUGCAACGUGGCCAACUGGAAGAAAGAGUUCACCUUCUACGCCGACCUCCAGGAGCCCGACAAGUUCCCCUUCGUGGUGCUGGGCAACAAGGUGGACACAAGCGGGCGACAGGUGUCGGGGGCGGACGCGCGGCGGUGGUGCCGCGACAACGGCGGGCUUCUCUACUUCGAGACAAGCGCCAAGGAUGCUACCAACGUGGCGUCGGCCUUUGAAGAGGCAGUUCGUCUGGUUCUCAGGCAGGAUGAGCGACCUGACCACCUCAUCCACACCAACACGGUGGACCUGAAGAAGAGGAGUUACUCCGAUUCCAGCUGCUGCUGAACUGCACUUUUGUCCACCGAAAGUUACAUAAAUCCAUUCACAAUCAUAAUGUUGCAACGGGUUAGAGCACGGGUGUCAAACUCAUUUUAAAUCAGGGGCCACAUGGAGAAAAAUCCUACUCCCAAGUGGGCCGGACUGGUAAAAUCAUGGCACGAUACCUUAAAAAUAAAGACAACUUCAGGUUGUUUUCUUUGUUUAAAAAUAGAACAAGCACAUUCUGAAAAUGUACAAAUCAUAAUGGUCCGUGUACAUACUUGCCAACCCUCCCGAAUUUUCCGGGAGACUUCCGAAAUUCAGCGCUUCUCCCGAAAACCUCCCGGGACAAAUAUUCUCCCGAAAUUCUCCCGAUUUUCAGCCGGAGCUGGAGGCCACGCCCCCUCCAGCUCCAUGCGGACCUGAGUGAGGACAGCCUUUUUUCACGACGGGAGGACAACAGGGUGACAAGAACUAAAUCAUCCAGACUAGAGAUAAAUUGUAUUAUUAUGUUUAUCUUACCUAAAAAUAAAUAUAUUUAUUAAUUAAAAAAAAAGAAAAACUAAAUACAAUUUUACUAUAUUUUGCCAAAAACAUCAAAAUUAAUUGUAUUUUUAUUUGUAUUUUUUCUGACUCCUUAUUACAUCCAGGCAUUAGAAUUAUACAUUAAAAUAAACAUAUUUGAAAUAAUUAAUUUUAAAUUAUCAUAAUAAUUCAUUUAAA